GACUGCAUCGAAUACGCUCUCUGACGCUCUCCAGCUUUCUCGUGUGUCACCGUGUCGCGAGUGUGCGUGCGCCCGUCUCGUCUCAACGGGACCGUUUCGUCUCUAUUCGAGGAAACAGAACCGAGAUUCGAGUGUCGCGCGACGAUAUCGUGGAAUCCGUGUUUCGGAUCGUGCGCGCGUGAGAUCGCAGAAAAGCGACUCGCGCGAUCGAAAAGAGCGAGAGAAUAACGGAAAAACGGUCAACGGCGACGUGUACGCUUUCCCGUGCGCGCGACGCUCGUGUGGAUCCAAUGUGUGUGUACGCGCGCGCGUGCGAGUGCGAGGAAACGAGACAGGCAAAAGUGGUGAAUUGACGGGGUGGAGAGCGGAGGGCGAGAGACAGUGAGAGAAGAGGAAAAAGUGGGAAGCGUAUCGCGCGCGCGGCACAUCGUCGUCAUCGGCGAGGAAACUGUCCGGAAGUCACCUCUGCUGGCGCGAAUAUCUAUUGCAAAAGAUAGACCAAUAGAAAGAGAGAGCGAGAGAGAAAGAAAGAAAGAAAGAGAGAGAGAGAGAGUGAGAGAGAUACGAUCGCGGAUGGGCGAGGUAACUCGAUAGAAGAAGGGAGAGAAAGAAAAGUAGAGAGAGGAAGAGAGAUGGACGGAAGGUAGUAAAAGAGAGAGGAGGAAGACAGUUGCAUCGAGAAAGAAGAGGUGAUCCGUCAACAGUGCACGAGUUUCGCGAAACGGAGAACGAGAGACCAAGUAGCGAUCGAAGGAAAGAGAGAGAGAGAGAGAGAAACGAGAGGAUUGCGUCGCAGACGAAGGAAUGCGAGAAGCGACCGAGCAGUGCCGUGUAAACACGAGUCUGGAGUAAAAAAAAAAACGAGGCGGCCCACCAGCAACUACGAUUCGAUGUCAUUGCCUUUUCCGUCACCUUCGUCGACAUCGUCGAACGGCAUCCUCGACGUUCCGACGUCGUAGAGAGAAUAGAGACUCGUGACGGGAAGAAGAGAGUGCUGUCUGGUGUGGCAUCGAUCAUCGUCAUCGUCGCCGCCGCCGCCACCACGCGUAUAUGAAUUCGCAUCACAAAUGACGGCGCACCGGAUCGUGGGCGGAUUAGCGAGGUGUUGGCUCGACUUAUCGUCGUCAUCUUGGUCAGUUUAGCGGACAAAGAGUGACACGAAAUGAAUCGAAGAGUAGGAUACAGCAAUUACGAUGGCAAGAUCGCCGGGCUCUACGACUUGGAGGAGACUCUCGGCCGCGGCCACUUUGCCGUAGUAAAGCUGGCACGGCACGUUUUCACCGGCGAAAAGGUCGCAGUGAAGGUCAUCGAUAAGAACAAGCUCGACGAAGUUUCGAGGUCGCAUCUCUUCCAGGAGGUGCGGUGCAUGAAACUGGUGCAGCAUCCCAAUGUAGUGCGGCUAUACGAGGUGAUAGACACGCAGACCAAGCUAUACUUAAUUCUCGAGCUUGGGGAUGGCGGAGAUCUCUACGAUUACAUCAUGCGGCACGACAGCGGCCUCAGCGAGGAGCUGGCCAGGACUUACUUUCGGCAGAUAGUUCGGGCCAUAUCUUACUGUCAUCGUUUGCACGUAGUGCAUAGGGAUUUAAAGCCCGAGAAUGUCGUGUUCUUCGAAAAGCUCGGUACGGUCAAACUCACGGACUUCGGAUUCAGUAAUAGAUUCUGUCCUGGUCAGAAGCUCGAAACUUCAUGCGGCUCAUUAGCGUACUCCGCUCCAGAGAUACUUCUGGGUGAUAGUUACGAUGCCCCCGCAGUAGAUGUUUGGUCGUUAGGUGUAAUAUUAUACAUGUUAGUAUGCGGCCAAGCGCCGUUUCAAGAGGCGAACGACAGCGAAACGUUGACAAUGAUUAUGGAUUGUAAAUACUCGAUCCCGUCACACGUGUCCGAUGGUUGCAAGCGGCUGAUCGCGAAGAUGCUCGUGCGGGAACCCGAAGGCAGAGCGUCUCUCGAGGCGAUCGCGGCGGAUUCGUGGUUAGCGAUUGGUUCCGAUUUGGACACUAUAGAGACAUUACCGCUCGUGUCGCGUCAACAGGUGUCCGAUGAUCAUCACAAUCACAUAAUUACCAAAAUGGUUAACGGUAAUAUCGCCACCAAGGAAGAAAUAUUGGACGCACUCGAUAAGAACGAGUACAACCACAUCACCGCGACGUAUUUCUUGCUAGCGGAAAGGAAGCUGCGCGCUCAUCGACAGGAACAGAUGCUGAAAACUCGACCAGAGGUUCUAAAUGUUUCUCCGAGCCGGCAAGAUGAUCUGACAACAAAUCUUCGAACGGAUCAGAACUCCCUGGGCACUGUCAAUCAGUCGUUAUUGAGCGUGCCACGGACGCCCGGUGAUGUACCGCAGAACGUGCGUACGCGCAAAUGCAGUAUCGUCCAAGAGGAGGAAGACGAAGAUGAUGUGUCCUCCUGUUCCGGCCGUGAUGAGCGCGGCAGUAAUUCGACGUUAAAUUCCUUGAAUCGCCGUGGUUCCCGUUCCGAGGGAAAACUUUCGCAUAUCCUGCAGGAGCGGUUAUCGCAGCUUCCAGAGAAGCAUACUAGCAUAAAACCCGUGCAGGGUCAACGGCAUCCGCACCAGAAAGAGGACAUCGUUAUCGCCGACAGAGAAAGACUGAAACAGAGUUCAAGAAACGAAAAGGAUAACAAAAAGUUAUCGUCGCCGGUGCAUUCGAAGACGACGGGAAAAGUUCAAACGGUAAAAGUUCAAACGGGUAACGUUCUUUUGGAGAAGCUACCUGCGUCACCACGGAUUACCACAACUUGCGAGGAAAAUCUGAAGAAUCGAUUAAGUGAUGUAAAUGCUCCAACCACAGGAUGGUCUAGAAAAAGCAACAAUACGGAAGUCAGGCCGAAAUCGGUGACAGAAUGUUUAAACCGGACUGGCGGAUCGAUACCGGCAAACAAGUGGAGGAUGGGUACUCAGCAUCAUCGGUUCAGCGUGCCGCUCACGGAGCCCACGAUUUCCUCGAAACCGUCCCAAGUUCCUACGAAAACAAUAGUGACGACAACUACUACAAUUUUGCUCGAAUCAUCAACCGUGUCGAUACCUCUUCAUCCGAUUAGCGACAAUCAAGUGACAUUAACGCCUAAGUACAAGACGAUGCCGUCGCCCAGCAGCGGUAAUUCGUCUACAACGCAACUCAAUGAAAUUCUGGAGGAUGGAGAUUGCAUGCAGGCGUCGGUGAACUCCACAGAAUGCGGAGGUUCGACGACCAAAUGCCGCGUCGUCAGGCGAACGGCGUAUGAGCAACGGAGGAGCAAAUUCCAUAAGACGCGCACAACCUCCUGCUCGAGUUCCGACGCUAGCGAUGACGACAGCGAAAGUAGGAAAAAGAGGGCACAUAAACUUGGAGCCUCCACCGGGAAACCUUUACCUCCAAGACGCGACAGUCACGAUGACUCGAGCGACUCGCAGGAUCCGGGAGGAAGCGGCGGCGGGCGAGGCGGAGUGGUCGGCGGUGGAGGAAGCGGUGUGAGCAACGGCGAACAUACGACGACGACCGAAAACAAUCGAAACGACAAUAGUAGCGGCACUAACACAACAAACACAAACACAACGACAACAACCGGAGGUGGGAGGCAUCGAUGCACCGAGAAUCAGGUCAUCUUUGGUAGGAGACAUCGCGCCGGCAGAAGAAGAGCCGGCGAGACGCGUUUGCGAGAGAGCCAAUCGUUGAAUCGUAUCACCGAGGUGCAAGAGGCCGAGGCACCCUCGUCUUGUCACAAUCACUCUCACAUGUCGCGUAAUUCAACCGUAGUCGGCGCACCAAAUGUAUCAUCGUCUUCAUCAUCGACAUCACAGAGCAAUACGGCUUCCCAGCAGAGCGCUGCUCAGCCUGUCUCUCAAGUGGCAGCCACCACGGUACAGAAGGCUAAAGGCCUCGGCGCGAGGCUAUUGCAAAGCUGGUCGCUCAGCGCUGGAAAGUCCUUGAUAUCGCAUAGCUCAAAUAAACAAUCUGCUCAUAGCCCCGGUGGCAAAAGUAAUAAUCAUCGUCAAUCGGACAAUAGCUGUCAAACAAUCAGUAACGCCAGCGACGAACGUCGCGGAGAUCACAAGUGCACCAGCCAAACAACAUGCAACGACAAGGAGAAUCGCGGCAACGGCUCGAUAAACCGAAACGAAUGUAAGAAUAGGAAGAUUCGGUUGUUAAGCCGCUAUUUCGCCGUGCACAAGAAGCUCUGCGUACCGUUACCGGGCUUCGGUAAAGGACGUCUAUACAAGGCUCGCUCGUGCGGCAGCAUCACGCGCGAUCGCGUGAGUCCGCCAUCGCCCAAGUCGAUGCUGUUUUGCUCUACAGCUGCGGCCGAGGACAAGUGGCGGGAACGUCGUCAAUGGUGCGAUGCCGCGACGAAGCAGCAUCGUGGCAGCGACGGCGACAUUAAUCAGAAUCUUGGCCUCGCGCAUCUCGUACAGGAGAGCAUCGUCGGCAAGGGCUGCACCAAACUGCCCGCCGUGUGCCACAUUCAUCUCGGAGACGCUUCCAAGUGUUGCAGUCUUUGUUGAUGAAUCGCUUCCGCUCGGAAGAAGUGGAAAACUCGAGCGCAAGAUGAGAGACACAAGUGCGGGUAGGUAAGUGAGGUUCUAGUGCCAGUGACAUAGCUAAAUAGCGUGAAACUUUUUUUGCGCGACAAUCUUUUCUGUAAACUGUAUAUAAUUUUUAGCGAGUUAUUUUAUUGAUACAGAAAUAUUCUUAUCGUUUAAAAGAUCUGAUUUUCGUGUUUUUUUUUUUGGGGGGGGGGAACCUUUAAAACAGCAUAGGUGCCGCGUCUUGGCAUACUUUAAGAAAAAUAGCGAUUAACUGCAUUUUUAAGUGCAAAAUCGGUGUCAGAUAUGUUUAUAUAGAAACAACGUCAUAAGCAAUUUAGAGUGCAAUAUAUGUGCUCGCAAUUAAUAUUUCCAAAAAGAAAGGUAUGAUCUGUUCCUCUCGCUGAUGCCGAAAUUACAUUAAGUUAAGGAGGCGCAAUGCGAUUAAUAUCCGCGCGUAUGGUAACCGUUAAUCGCGAUAUAUUACGUGGUUUUGGUCUGCCAUCGAUUUACUUGACUGAUUACAUCAUAUCCCCGCUGAGGAGGGGGGAGGGG